CUGAUCACGAAAACAUCAAUCCCUCAAGAGAGUCCAGGCAAUCAUUAUCAUUCAGUGAGCAUAUUAAGGAAGAUGAGUAGACUCAGCAGAAUGAGUUUUGCUUCCAUAAAGUUGGACAGCCCUGCAGAUGACAUCUCAAUGAAUGAUGAUGACAGUAGUAUGAACAAUACAACAGGCAAUAUAUUUGAUAGAAACAUUGAUAUUGAUGACACUGAGGAUAUACCAGCCACCCAGCCUGUGGACCAGAGAGUGUUGAAAGAUGUGAAUGCUUAUGUUGAGGUGCGUUCAGUUGCGGAAAACCGUAGUAGAGCGAUCAUGAGAGAGUUAGAGUUACUGGGGGCCAACAUUAUGAAGAAGUUUUCAAAUGAAGUGACUCAUGUUGUAUUCAAAGAUGGCAAGAAAAGUACCAGAGACAAAGCUAUUAAGAAAGGAAUGCAUCUUGUGAAUGUGCUUUGGGUAGAUAGCUGCAAGCAAAACCAAGAGCAUGUAUCUGAGGGUUUAUUCCCAGUGAUUUUACCAAAUGAGAACAACUCACCUCUUAUCAUAGGAAAACUCAAGAAAUCAAAAUCGAUGCAGCCGAAAGAUUUUGAUGAGGAGGUCGCAAAUAGUGCAGAAAAAGUCCAGAAACGUGUGAGAAGAAGGAAUAACCUGGCCAAUAAGCGCAAAGGUGGACUGCUAGGCAAGAUUUUGGUGGAGGAAACGCAGCCUGAAACACCUGAUUCACCAGGAGGAUCAGGAAAGCGCUUUAUGUCCCCCAACAUCACCAUUCCUGAUACACCCCCAAGUAUGAGGGAGAAACUUGCACAAUUGAAGCUGGGAAAACUCUCAUAUGGAAGCACAGAUGACAUGUCAUUGGCUGAUACUCCUGAGGCUUCACCUUUGACCCCCAUACAGAGACGUCUCUUCAAUAACAGUUUAAAAAACAGCAGAGACAACACUCCUUUUAAGAAAUCCACUCCAACUGAUGCCCUCCCAGGAACUUCUGCUUCAAGUGCAUUAAACUUCCCUAUUCAAUUCUCUGAUAAUAGUGAAGAAAUAGGUGAAUUUAAGGAAUCUUUUAACACAACAGACAGUGAAAGCUCUCAAGAGAGAAUCGCUCAAAAAGUUGAUGAUAUUGUUAUGAACUUGGGUAGCUCACCCUUGUCAAAACCCGCUCCGGGUAAUUUGCUAGGAACAGAUCUUCAUAGCACUAGAUGGAGUUUAGCACAAGGAUCAAUCAAAUCUGAACAUCAGGAUCAUAAAGAUGAUGCUUCAGAUAGUGAUGAUACAGAUAUCUUAGAAGUGGAGGAGGAUAUUUUAGUGAGCCAUUAUACAAAAUCUCCAGAUAAAGGAAGUCCUAAGAAACUGAAAGCGAGCCCAUAUAAAAAAGCAAAAAGUCCAAGUAAACAAGAAACUCCAACCAAACCAGAGAAAAGUCCAGGCAAACAAGCCAAAAGCCCUAAGAAAGCUACAAAAAGUCCAGUUGGAAAAAGUCCAAAUAAAGAUCCCAAAGGUCCAAGUAAACAAUCAGUAAGCCCUAAACAAGCUACAAAAAGUCCCAAAAAGAAAACCCCACAAACUUUAAAGUCAGAACAAAAUCCUAAGUCUAGUCCUAAAAUGGUCAAACCAAGGAAACCAUCAGGCAAAAGGAAGUUGUUAUCUCUGAAAGAGCAUGAUGAACCAAGGCUUUCAUUUAUAGUAGAGCCAACCAUAUCAUCCAAUACACUUCAGACCAAAGAAAAAAUACACGAGCCAAAACAGAACAGAAAACCUGGACCAAAAUCUAAGACAAUCAUAGAAAAGAAAGUAGAAUCCAAUAAAGAACUUGAAACAGCCUCAGGACACAGCAAAGUUGAGGAAAACACAGGAGAAAAGACAUUGCACUCAUCUGUGAGUAAAACAAGGAGAAAAAGUGUGACAUUUGCAAAUGACUGUAAAACAACAAAAACACCAACCAAUAGGAGGAAAAGCAUUGCAACCACCAAUAGAACUAAAGAUGUUGAAUCGAAAGAGCCAUCAAUGAAUAGACUUAAUAGUAAAACAGAUAAUAAUAAAACAAAGGAACAGCCUAAGGCUGCUGUUGAACCUGAUGUGGCAACCCCAGUUGGUAGACCUAGAAAAAGGAAAAGUGUUGCUGUUGAUGAGAUAGUCCCUAAUAUGGAUAAAGACAUGACACCAAGUUCAAAGAGAACAAAAGUAUCAAAUUCAGAACCUAACAAAACAUCUCCCAUUGUGUCUGAUAAAAAGAAAGUUUCUGUUAAUCGUCGACGUAGUGGGCGGUUAGCUGGCCUUGUUCUCCCAAACAUUCACGAUGCACCUCUGGCCUCAAUCAAGGAAAACUCAACAGAGAAAACUGACCUAUUACUCUUAUCCCCAGUAAAAGAUGCAGUUGGAAAAGAGCCAUGUCCGAGUAAUAAUGGUUUCAUUGGUUUUGUAAAACCAAUUUCUCAGCCAUUCAGGUCCCUCAAACAGUUGGAUGUAUUAAAUGACUCAAGUGAUCUGUCUUUAGCAUAUUCUCCGAAAUCUAAGAAGCUGAAUAAGAAAAGUUCAGCUAUUCUUGCCAAAAACCCCCUGAAUAUAAGCACUGAUUCUGAACCAGAUUCUCCCCGCAAGCCUCAAAGAAUUCGUACAUCUAGGCCUUGUAUCACAAACUUACCAUACACAGGGUCACAAUCUCAUGUAACAGUUCUAACACGUCCUCGAAGAAGUACAGAUGAAUUCCGGCCUACUCAGUCAUACAGUGCCUCACAAAAUCAAAGAAAAUAUAAGUCGUCAAGUUCAGGAAGUGAAAGUGACGGUGAUGGGGGACGCCACAGAAGGAAAGUUGCGAUUGUUGGACCAUGUCCUGGUAACUUGGUAAUGACCAGUUUACAUUCUGAUGAACAAGGCAUUGUUACAUCAGUAGUGAAGAAACUUGGAGUGUUUCAUAUCACAGAUGCAGUGGGCCCUGGGACAUCUCAUGUUGUGUGUGGUGGGCCCAGAAGGACCUUAAAUGUACUGAAGGGGAUAGCAAGGGGCUGUUGGCUGGUAUCUAAGGAAUGGGUUCUGAAAUCUCUGGAGGCAGACAAAUGGCUAGAUGAAAAGGAAUUUGAAGUUACAGAAUACUUCCCUGUUGCCAAGACAAGGCGGGAGUUUAGAACAGAGAAACAGGAAAAAUUGCCAAGUCUGUUUAAUAAUCUGGAGACCAUUUAUGUAGCUGAGAAUUCUAGUCCUCCCAAAUCACACCUCACACAGCUUUUGCAACUAUGUGGUGCUGAGGUAACAAUGUGUUUACGCAAGGCUACCCUUUGUGUGGGAACCAUGACCAAGAAUACUGCAAUUACAGUCUCUGAACAAUGGGUGCUAGACUCCAUUACUCAGAAUUGUGUCCAGAACAUUGAGGAUUAUGUAAUAUCUCGACCUGAGCAAGUGCGGGAAGGAAGUCCUGAAUUCUGAACAAGUACAUUUUAAAAGAAAGCGCAGAAUUUUGAACAAUUGCAUGAAGGAAGUUCAGAAUUCAUACUAUCCUUAUAUGGACAAUGAGCAAUGCUUGGUCAGACUGCUGGACAUUAUCAGAUUAUAGAACAAUCCACAGAUUUCAGGGACAUUUUUCAAAUGCUCAAACAUUUCAGUAUUUUAAGCUUGUCAAAUAAUUAUUUUGAGGACUUAUCUACGAAAGAUCCAAAGAAGUAAAGGUAUUAUCGUGAACACAAUCUUAUUUAUAGUCUAUUAAUUAAAUACGUAUGUAGACAUGUAGUACUGUAAUUUAUUCAGUUAACUAAAUGACUCUGGCAUAAUACUUUACAUUUUGUAUUCAUUCUGAAUUUUAUCCAAUUUUUUCAGUGACUAGGCAUGCAAAACAACUUCAGAUUAAUCAUUAUUUACAAUUAUUUAUAAAUUUAUUUAUCUAUAGCUGUAUCAAUGCAUCUGUAUACAUUGUAAUGAGCCAUGAAAGCAAACCCAUGCACACUAAUGCCAUCUGGCUUGCAGUGCAAAUGAAAUGAUGUUUCAACGAAAGCUAUGCCUGAAUAUUGGAUUUACCGUCUCCUUUAAAAAUGAUCAAAACAUUAAAUCAAGAAAUAAUUAAUAAGCCUGGUCAUUUUGGCAGUAUUAUGAACCAUGUAUUUUAGUACAAAUUUCAUGAACAGGUAUGUUGAUUUCCCCUCUUUAAUUCAUGUACUUGGGCAUAUUAGACAAAAAUUUUCAAAUUACCUGGCAGUUAGUUUUCCCAGGGACAACUUCACUACCUGUCUAUUGGUACAUACUGACAAU